ACGUUUACCCCAUGGCUGAAGCUGACGCCACCACUAACGUGGAACAAGCAGCCACCGUCAACCUGCAGCAGAUCGGCGACCAGGCGGAGGCCAUGUUUGGAGUCGGGAAGAUGAACAGCAUCCUGGAAGUGGACGACGAAGGAGGCCGGAUGUUCCUGCGGGUGCUGAUCCAUCUGACGAUGCACAACUACGCCCCUCUGGUGUCCGGAGCGCUGCAGCUGCUCUUCAGGCACUUCAGCCAGAGGCAGGAAGUGCUGCACACCUUCAAACAGGUGCAGCUGCUGAUCUCGACGCUGGACGUGGAAAACUACAAGCUGAUUAAAGCCGACCUGGAUCGCCUCCGCACGCUGGUGGAGAAGUCGGAGCUGUGGGUGGAGAAGAAGAGCUCGGGUGGAGGAGACGGGAAGAAAGACAAGAAGGAGAAAGGGGAGGGGGCGGCAGAGGACCCAUCGCCAAAGAAAGAGAAGCAGCAGAAAGGAAACGAGAACUACCAGAACGUGAAAGAGAUUCUGGAGCGGCUCAAUAAAAUGUGCAGCUCUGGAGUCUGGAAGAAGCAGCAGCGGCUGCUGAAGAACAUGGGAGCUCAUAAAGUCAUGCUGGACCUGCUGCAGGUUUCCUACGACAAGAACGACGUGAAGAUGCAGGAGAUCAUCAAAUACACUCACAUGUUUCUGCAGAAGUUCUGCAUGGGGAACCAGGAGAACCAGGCGCUGCUGCACAAGAACCUCAACCUGUUCCUCAACCCCGGGCUGCAGGAGGCCGAGACGGUGCAGCACAUCUUCAGCAACAACUACCAGCUGUGCAGCGAGAUCUCAGAGAGCGUGCUGCAGCACUUCAUCCACUGCCUGGCCACGCACGGCCGCCACGUCCAGUACCUCAACUUCCUGCACACCAUCAUCAAGGCCGAGGGCAAGUACGUCAAGAAGUGCCAGGACAUGAUCAUGACCGAGCUGACGAACGCCGGCGAGGACGUGGUCGUCUUCUACAACGACAAAGCGUCGUUCAACACCAUGCUGGAGCUGAUGGCCGAGAGCAGGGAGGGAGUCGGGGAGAAGAGCCCGCUCAGGUACCACAUCUCUCUGGUGGAGCUGCUAGCCGCCUGCGCCGAGGGCAAGAACGUCUACACCGAGAUCAAAUGCACGUCGCUGCUGCCGCUGGAGGACGUGGUGCGGGUGGUGACGCACGAGGACUGCAUCACCGAGGUGAAAAUCGCCUACGUGAACUUUGUGAACCACUGCUACGUCGACACCGAGGUGGAGAUGAAGGAGAUCUACACGUCCAACCACAUCUGGAAGCUGUUUGAGGAUUUCACCGUGGACAUGGCGCGGGUCUGCAACAAGCGCGAAAAACGACUGACCGACCCGGUUCUGGAGAAAUACAUCAUCAACGUGGUUUUCGACACCAUCACCGCCUUCUUCAGCUCUCCUUUCUCUGAGAACAGCACGUCUCUGCAGACUCACCACACCAUCGUGGUCCAGCUGCUGCAGUCGUCCGUCAGGCUGCUGGACUGUCCCUGGCUGCUGCCGCUGCACCGCGGACAGGUGGAGGCCUGCAUCAAGACGCUGUCGCUGACAGCUAAGAACCGCUCCAUCUCUCUCCCUCUGGAGCUGGAGGCGCUGAUCAACAACGUGUUGUCCAGCUUGGCCGUCAACACCCUGAACCGCUCCGCCUACAAGACGCCGACCCGCAGCGCCAGACCCGUCCCCUACGACUACAAGAACAUCAUCGAGAAGCUGCAGGACAUCAUCAACACCCUGGAGGAGCGGCUGAAGCCGCUGGUGAACUCGGAGCUGUCGGUGCUGGUGGACGUCCUGCACCAACCGGAGCUGCUGUUCCUGGAGGGAAGCGACGCGCGGCAGCGCUGCGAGUCCGGCGGCUUCAUCUCCAAGCUGAUCCAGCACACCAAGGCGCUGAUGUCCGCAGAGGAGAAGCUGUGCAUCAAAGUGCUGAGGACGCUGCAGGAGAUGCUCAUCAGGACCCUGGACUUUGAUGAGAAGGGAAUGAUGCUGCGCAAAGUUCUGCUGCAGAACUACCUGUUCUCCAACAGGAAGAGCAACCAGAAGAACGACCUGGCUGAACUGGGAGCCGCAGGUGGCGAACAGGAGCGCGACUGGGCAGCGGUGGCGGCCAUCCAGUGCCGUCUGGACCGGGAAGGAGGAACGAAGCUGUUCACCGACCUGGUGAUGAGCUCCAAGAACGACAAGAUCUUCCAGGAGAGCAUCCAGCUGGCCAUCUGUCUGCUGGAGGGAGGCAACACGGAGAUCCAGAACUCCUUCUACAAACUGAUGAUGGGCGACAACAAGUCGGAGAAGUUCUUCAAGGUUCUUCAUGACCGGAUGAAAGAAGCUCAGAUGGACAUUAAGGCGACGGUUUCUGUAAACGUUGGUGAAAUGACGCACAAGGCCAACGAGAAGGAGCUGGAGGCCGGAGGACUUCCUCUGAUGGUUCACGGUCAAGGCAUCGCCCCGGUAACGGCCGCCGCCGCCAUGCCGACCCAGCAGGCAGAGGAGCAGCGGGAGGUGGAGGCGGAGAUGGGACCAGCGGUCACCAUCAUGAAGCCCAUCCUGAGGUUCCUGCAGCUGCUGUGUGAGAACCACAACAACAACCUGCAGAACUUUCUGCGUUGCCAGAACAAUAAAACCAACUACAACCUGGUGUGUGAGACGCUGCAGUUCCUGGACAUCAUGUGUGGAAGCACCACCGGCGGGCUGGGCCUGCUGGGCCUCUACAUCAACGAAUCAAACGUCCACCUGAUCAUCCAGACCCUGGAGACGCUCACAGAGUACUGCCAGGGCCCCUGCCAGGAGAACCAGACGUGUAUCGUGACUCACGAGUCCAACGGCAUCGACAUCAUCACGGCGCUGAUCCUGAACGACAUCAGCCCGCUGUGUCGGUACCGGGUGGAGAUGGUUCUGCAGCUGAAGGACAACGCCUCCAAGCUGCUGCUGGCGCUGAUGGAGAGUCGUCAUGACAACGAGAACGCCGAGAGGAUCCUGUUCAACCUGCGACCGAGGGAGCUGGUGGAUGUGAUCAAGAAGGCGUACCAGCAGGAGAGCGAGUGUGAGGAGGAGCAGGUGGAGGUGGAGGUGUCGCCGCGGGAGGUGGGACACAACAUCUACAUCCUGGCCCAGCAGCUGGCGAGACACAACAAAGUUCUGCAGAACCUCCUGAAGCCGCCCAAGAACAGCAAGGAGGGCGAGGAAGGCAUCUCCUCCAUGCUGACCCUCCAGAGCCGUCCUCUGUCCCAGAUGUUGAAGUCUUCGGCUCCAGCUGAGGUCGUGGAUCAGGAUCCUCUGGACUACUACGACCAGCUCACGUCUCAGAUCGAGAUUGUGCGUGAGGACCGCAGCAUGGAGCAGAUCGUGUUUCCUGUUCAUCCCAUCUGCGAGUUUCUCACCGAGGAGUCAAAGCUCCGAGUCUUCAACACCACGGAGCAGGAUGAGCAGGGGUCAAAGGUCACGCACUUCUUUGAGCAGACUUCGUUCCUGCACGGAGAGAUGGAGUGGCAGAAGAAGCUGAGGAGCAUGCCGGUUCUGUACUGGUUCUCCAGGAGGAUGACUCUGUGGGGAACCAUCUCCUUCAACCUGGCCGUCUUCAUCAACCUCAUCAUCGCCUUCUUCUACCCCUACGACUCUGGCCAGGGAGCGAUCGAUGACUCCAUGCUGCUGAUGCUGUUCUGGAUCCUGACCGGGCUCUCCGUCCUGGGCUUGUUCUCCAAGCAGUACGGCCUGCAGCCGCUCACGCUGGCGCUGAUCCUCAGGUCCAUCUACCACCUGGGCAUCGGAAACACGCUCAUCCUGCUCGGAUCGCUCAACCUGAUCAAUAAGGUGGUGUUUGUGGUGAGCUUUGUGGGGAACAACGGGACCUUCAUCAUGGGCUACAAAGCCAUGGUGAUGGAUGUGGAGUUCCUGUACCACCUGGCCUACGUCCUCACCUCCACCCUGGGCCUCUUCGUCCAUGAGCUCUUCUACAGCAUCCUGCUGUUUGACCUGAUCUACCGGGAGGAGACGCUGUUCAACGUGAUCAAGAGCGUGACCCGGAACGGGCGCUCCAUCCUGCUGACGGCGCUGCUCGCCCUCAUCCUGGUCUACCUCUUCUCCAUCCUGGGCUUCCUGUUCCUGAAGGAGGAUUUCAUCAUGGAGGUGGAUCCGCUGCUGCAGCUGUCAGCAGACCCUCAGCACACCGAGGCGGCCCAGGACUUCCUCAAGUCGUGCUCCACAGACGGAGUCAGCUGCACCGCUGAGACGAGCGUGGAGACGGUGGCGGAGGAGGAAGGGGAGCCCAGCACGGAGCGGGCCUGCGAUACGCUGCUCAUGUGCAUCGUCACCGUCCUGAACCACGGCUUGAGAAACGGGGGAGGAGUGGGAGACGUUCUCCGUAAACCAUCCAAAAACGAGCCGCUGUUCCCGGCGCGCGUCGUCUACGACCUGCUCUUCUACUUCGUCGUCAUCAUCAUCGUCCUCAACCUCAUCUUCGGCGUCAUCAUCGACACGUUCGCCGACCUGCGGAGCGAGAAGCAGAAGAAGGAGGAGAUCCUGAAGACCACAUGCUUCAUCUGCGGUCUGGAGAGAGAUAAGUUUGACAACAAGACGGUUUCGUUCGAGGAGCACAUCAAGCUGGAGCACAACAUCUGGAACUACCUGUACUUCAUCGUUCUGGUCCGGGAGAAGAACCAGACGGAUUACACGGGUCCAGAGAGCUAUGUGGCCCACAUGAUCAAGAACAACAACCUGGACUGGUUCCCACGGAUGCAGGCCAUGUCCCUGGUGGUAACCGACGGCGACGGGGAGCAGAACGAGAUGCGGAUGCUGCAGGACAAGCUGUCGUUGACCAUGAAGGUGGUGACGACGCUGACGGGCCAGCUGAACGAGCUGAAGGAGCAGAUGACGGAGCAGAGGAAGAGGAAGCAGAGGAUGGGCUUUGUGGACGUCCAGGCCGGAGCGAGCGGCGCCGUGCCGCCGAGCGCCGCCGGAGGAAACCAUCAGAUCUACAAAUCCUAAAGAGACUGAUCAGCAUCCAGCUGGACUGAUGCUGCUGCUGGAGCAACACACACACACACACCCACACACACACACACACACACACACACUGCUCUGAUGUGACCCUUUGUAGCCUAAAACCUGCUGAGUUGUUAAGAUUUGCAGCAGAUUGAACAGUUUGUGCUUCAGUUUGUGCUGCUUUUAGUUUUUAUGUCAUAAAUUAUUCUGAUGCAUUAAAGGAUCUUCAGGAGGCUGAAGGUCCGACCCGGUCCAGACACUGAAGGAGGUUCUGUUUGGUCUGAGUGGAAGAAUACUGAACAUUAUUAAACUAAAAUCUGUUUGUUUUAAUGUAGAAACAAAAAGACGUUGAAGUUCUGUGAGGAAAAGGUUUUUGUUGUAAAGGGAAGUUGUGGCUUUAGAUCAAAUCAUGUUGAAAUAAAAUCCGUUUUCUGUCCUCUAAUAAAACUGCUCUGAGUU